UCACAGGAGCUUACUAUCAUGGCAAAAGCUGGUCGGCAUCUAAAUAUCAUCAAUUUACUCGGAGUCAUCUUGAAAGGGGAUUUGUUGUUACUGCUGGAAUAUGCGAGAUUCGGGUCGUUGCUUAAAAAUUUGAAAUCACACCGUGGGCAGCGAUUUUAUAACCAUACCCUGAAUGGUGAUAUUCAGCCGUACGAUGAAAAUGAAGCCGAACGAAUUCAGCGCGAAGCCGACCAAGUACAUCCGCAGACGGCAGAUGAUUCGGAUAUGCAUAUUCUUUCCACACGAACGCUGCUGAGUUUUGCGUACCAAAUCAGUCGCGGUAUGGAAUACCUCGCCACACGGUCUAUAAUCCAUAGAGAUCUGGCUGCCCGGAAUGUUUUGAUUUGCGAUGAACGAGUGGCGAAAAUUUCCGAUUUCGGGAUGGCCCGGCAAGAGGGACACGUUGUGGCACCUGAUCCGAAGGAAGCUUUGCCCAUACGUUGGAUGGCACCUGAAGCAACCGCAUACAAAAAUUUCUCUCAGCCAUCCGAUGUCUGGUCUUUUGGUGUGGUGUUGUGGGAAAUCUUCAGUCUAGGCGAAGUUCCGUACAGCGACAACAACUUAGUGCGAGGCGAUACUGUUUUUGAAUUUGUCGAAACUUUGAGAAAUGGAUUACGGUUGGAGCAAACGGAAACUUGUCCCAGUGUUAUUUACUGCCUAAUGUGCGACUGUUGGAAGCUGUCGCCGGAUGAUCGGCCAACUUUCCCCCGUCUCACCCAACGACUACGGACAAUUGUAGAUCCUGAAGCAGAGGUCUCCUAUCUCAGUCUGGAUUACACGUACACGCAAUUUAACGAAGAGCACCACGAUCUCCUGGAGAGAGUUGGCGAAGCCCAAACACCAACUUGA